AUGAGAAUGGGUUCUGGGUUUUUAAUGAAAAUCAAGCAACUGUUGAAACUGAUUGUGACAACGAGGAAAAUGAUAGGAUGAUGGAUAUACAAAAUUUUCAGGCUCAGAUUUCCUUGGAGACGAAAUUGAUCAGCCCAAAUGAGAUUUUUUAUUUGGGAGUUGCGGAACUCCAAUACUAAGCCAAACAUUGUUCUGAUGAUGGUGAAACAGAUGGGAAUGAAUUUUUUCCUUGAACCAAAUGGAGAAAACAAUUAUUCCAACUCCAUAGUGGAAACAGUUGGUAAUGAAUUCAAACUUUCUAAUGAUCAGUUCCAUAUCUUGAUUCAUCAUCCAAAGUUACUGCAUAAUUUUCCUGAUGAACUUGCAUCUUCUGUCCAGUUCUUAUAGAGGUUCUUUAAGCUUGAAUGAGGAUUAUCUGGGUCUUCCCAAAACUAUUUCUGAUUUUCAUGAUCUAUUAAGUACAAUUAAAGUUGAUAAAAGGUUCACUUUCUUGUUUGAUGAUGCCUAUGGAAAUUGUGUUGCUGUUGAUAUGAGAAAGAUUAAAACCUUGGCCUUUGUUGAUGUUGACUCACGAGGCAUUGAUCUUAAGCUGGAAAGAGAGAUGAUUAGCUGGAUGGAGUACCAAAAUUCAAAGAAAUUAUCAAGGAUGAAAUUUCUAUGCAUCUAAAGAAGCUGAUACGGGUUGGAGAAAAUGCAUCUAGUAGGGCAGGAUCAACAGCUUAUAUUUCCAGUUGUGGGCCAUUCAAAGUGUUGUGGUCUAGAUCCUCAAAAAUGUUACUGGGAAUACUUGAAGUGGUAUACUCAAGGGCUGUUCUAGGGGAUCUGGGUUUAGUUGUCAAUCACCCAACAAGAAGGAAAUAUGAUUGUUUGUUUCACAAUGACGAGCAGAUUACUUCGAGAUGGUACAAUGAGGACGUUCUUGACAGUUUGCAGGGGAUUGAAUUACCCACGUACUUGUCAAAUACCAGAAUUUAAUCCUGGGGCAAAUGAGUCCGCUGAAAACAGAAUCAGUGGAAGAGAGGAUUGGCCUUGUAUGUCCAGAUGAAAAGUGCAAAAAUCUGAUGAUACAUGGAGAUCUUAAGAUUUGCAGUAGAGUGAUUGCUACUAAGUUCAAUGCCAAAAUUGAAGAGAUGGCACUACACCAUUUGGAACUAAUAAAUAUGUAGAUCCUGAUUGUGUUUUGUCUCAUUUUCUAGCUAUAGGAAUGGUUGUUACUAGUGGCAGGGAAAUUUGUGAAUCUGUCAAGUAUAGAGAUGGACAAACUCAUGAUGAGUUAACCGCAAUUUAUGACAUCGGUGGAGAAAUGGCCAGAGAAAUACAUUUACUUUCAGCUGUUGAAACAUUUCCUACAUUAUAUCCUGAGAAGCUCACAUUUGGAGAAUUUGAAGAUUACAAAGUUUUAAGAUCAAGUUCUCCAGGGCAUCCAGGGGGUGCUGCAGUAGCUAGAACAUUUGUUGCUCCGUUGGAGAGACUAAAACUUGAAUAUAUGGUUCGUGGUGAAGAGAAGAAAUUGUUUGAGCUCAUCAAGACUAUUGCUGCUACUCAAGGCUUGAGAGGCUUCUGGAAAGGAAAUUUAGUUAACAUUCUCCGCACUGCUCCUUUCAAGGCAGUCAACUUUUAUGCCUAUGAUACAUACAGAAAGCAACUUCUUAAAUUACAUGGAAAUGAAGAAACCACAAAUUUUGAGCGGCUUAUUGCUGGUGCUGCUGCUGGUAUUACUGCUACUGUCCUCUGCUUGCCUCUGGACACUAUCAGGACCAAAUUGGUAGCUCCUGGUGGAGAAGCCCUGGGUGGUGUAAUUGGUGCUUUUCGUCAUGUGAUCCAAACUGAGGGGUUCUUUUCUCUUUACAAGGGUUUACUUCCCUCCAUAAUGAGUAUUGCACCUUCAGCUGCUGUUUUUUAUGGUGUAUAUGAUAUAUUGAAAUCGGCUUAUUUGCACUCUGCCGAAGGAAGGAAAAGAAUUCAGAACAUGAAGCGACAGGGUCAAGAACUGAAUGCUUUGGACCAGCUGGAAUUGGGACCAAUCAGGACCUUACUGCAUGGGGCUAUUUCUGGUGCCUGUGCUGAAGCUGCCACCUACCCUUUUGAGGUUGUCAGGAGACAGCUUCAACUGCAAGGCCGGUAUAAUAAAGGUGGUGUGUUAACAACUUCUAUAAAGAUAGUUGAGCAUGGAGGUGUACCAGCUCUUUAUGCAGGACUAGUACCGAGUUUACUACAGGUACUACCUUCGGCAGCAAUAAGCUAUUUUGUCUACGAGUUUGUGAAGAUCAUCCUCAAAGUGGAAUAGCAAUUCAAAUUCUUCUCAGUGAAUUUUUGGAGUCAAAAGAGUUCAAAGUGAGCGUCUCUUUUAACUUUCCAAGCUCACCCAUUUCAUCUUUUAGACUCUAGACUGAUACAAUGAGUAGCAUAGGUUUUAGACCAUUUUCUCAUCUGUUAUACAGCGAUCGGAAACUUGAUUUUGCUAAGAGUUUUAGCAAAACUCUUCUCAGUGCAACUCUGAACUUCUAAUAGGCAACAUGGUGUACUUUGUGCAUCUCAUUCUCUAAGGAAGAUGGUGCCUGAAUACCUGCUGCAGGGUAGAUGUUCGUUUUAACUGAGUGUUAGAUUGACAUUACUAGAUGAAGUCCCAAUCUUUAAUCGUAUGAUGUAGUAUCUCUGAAACACACUUUUGUUUUCUUUCUUCAUCACAAAAUAACACCAAUUGAUUGGGUGAUGCGAGAGUGAUGAUUGCUCAUGGUGCUUCACCAAGCUUGUAUUUGCCUUUGGUUUUCA